AUCUGUGUGUUGGCCUUAUUCGACAUAUUCUCAUAGGUCUAUCUCCCCACAUGUUUUUCGCGUCUAGCGAACUCCAAAAAUCCCAAGUAUAUCCAGUAUCGCAACCUCAGAUUUUCUUUUCUUUUUCCGUUUCUUUUCCAUCAAAACUUCUCAUCAUCUCUUCACAAACAAAGAAGAAAUGGGUUGCUGCGGAAGCAAGACCAAAACAAUCACUUCCACUGCUAGACCAAACAACGACAAUGUCCACGGCUCAUCAACCAUUACUAGUACAAGUCAACAAGCUCAUCAAGAGCCAAUCAUUCACCCCCAGAAAGUACAAACCACUUUCCCACCUCCCAAACACACCCCAGAGCCCGAACGACAUCCAAAGCCACAGCCAGUACUGCCGCAGACCAACCCAGUUCCUCCAGACGCCAUUUUAGGACGACCCUUCGAGGACAUCAAACAGCACUACACUCUGGGGAAAGAAUUGGGCAGAGGGCAGUUCGGCAUAACCUAUCUCUGCACCGAGAACUCGACUGGCGAGACCUUCGCCUGCAAGUCGAUUCUGAAGCGGAAGCUGGCGAGGCAGAGCGACAGGGACGACGUCAAGAGGGAGAUUCAGAUAAUGCAGCACUUGUCGGGCCAAUCAAACAUCGUCCAGAUCAAGGGCGCGUACGAGGAUAGGUACUCCGUCCACCUCGUAAUGGAGCUCUGCGCGGGUCUUGAGCUCUUCGACCGGAUUAUCGCCAAGGGAAGGUACUCCGAGAAAGAUGCCGCCGAGAUUUUCAGAGGAAUUGCAAAUGUUGUUCACAUUUGUCACUUCAUGGGCGUCAUCCACCGGGAUCUCAAGCCCGAGAAUUUCCUCUUCGCUAGCAAGGAUGAGGCCGCCAUGCUCAAGGCUGCCGAUUUCGGCUUGUCUGUUUUCAUUGAGGAAGGGAAGGUGUACCGUGAUCUGGUCGGUAGCGCUUAUUAUGUUGCGCCUGAAGUAUUGAGCCGCCAAUACGGAAAGGAAAUAGAUGUUUGGAGUGCAGGAGUUAUCUUGUAUAUUCUUGUCAGUGGUGUCCCUCCAUUUUGGGCCGAAACUGAGAAGGGAAUAUUUGAUGCCAUAUUGGAAGGGGAGAUUGACUUUGAAAGUAAGCCAUGGCCAUCAAUAUCAACUACUGCCAAAGAUCUAAUCAGGAGAAUGCUGACUCAAGACCCAAAAAAGCGAAUUACUUCUGCAGAAGUUCUUGAGCAUCCUUGGCUUAGAGAAGGUGAAGCAUCAGAUGAGCCGAUAGAUAGUGCAGUUCUGUCUCGGAUGAAGCAGUUCAGGGCAAUGAAUAAGCUCAAGAAGCUUGCUUUAAAGGUCAUUGCGGAGAAUCUAUCUGAGGAAGAAAUUAAAGGCCUUAAGGCAAUGUUCACUAACAUGGAUACUGACAAGAGUGGCACAAUAACAUAUGAAGAGCUGAAAUCAGGUUUGGCUCGCAUUGGUUCGCGGCUGACAGAGGCCGAAGUCAAGCAGCUUAUGGAAGCUGCUGAUGUGGAUGGAAAUGGAACGAUCGAUUACAUCGAGUUUAUAUCUGCUACGAUGCAUAGACACAGGCUUGAAAGGGACGAGCACCUAUACAAAGUAUUUCAGUAUUUUGAUAAGGAUAACAGUGGGUUUAUAACUAGAGAUGAAUUAGAGACUGCCAUGAAGGAGCAUGGAAUAGGCGAUGAAGCCAACAUCAAAGAAAUAAUUUCUGAGGUUGACACUGAUAAUGAUGGGAGGAUCGACUAUACCGAAUUCUGCACGAUGAUGAGAAGUGGGACCCAACAAUCAACAAAGCUCUUUUAGUUCCCAUUAGUUAGUUUUGAGCACAAAGAGAUGUCUGUUGCCUUGAAAGUAAGCUGCUAGAGUGACUUGAAAUGUGUAGAGGAAGCAAAACAGGAGCAUUGUUGAGAUGGGUUUUAUUCUUUUGGCCAUCUUGAACAUAUACUUGGCAUUUUGAGUAUGCUAAGCUAGAGAGUUUGUAUUGCUUGGGCUUGAAAUGUAGUUUCUCUGCAGGUCUAGUUUUAGACUAUUAUAUAUUUCCUGAGUCCUAUUUUUGUGAUCUUUCAUUAGCCUAAAUUUCUAGAUUGUUUCUCAAUCAAAUGAUCUAUUGUCACUUGGGACUUUGGGGAGAAUGAUGUGUGGUGGGCUUGGCUUCUUUCUAUUCUUUUGUAAGUUUUUGCCCUUACCUCUUUAUUAAAUCAGUAUCACUACCUUCACCCAAGA